CUUGACAUCUCCUGGCCUUUUGUCAACAAUCUACCUUGAAACCUCCCUUUUACUGAUCUUCUUCUGCAGAGCAUCCUCCCCCGAACAGGAGGGACUUGAACACGGCUUUGGGGCCCUGCCUCUCUACUCUCAUUGUCCACGCUGCCAUUUGAUCCCUGCUCACCCACCUCUCCUCCACCAUGGAUUUCGACAGUCUCAAGACCCAGGUCAGCAAUCUGACCUUUUAUGAUCUCAAGGCCGGAGUACGGAAAGUUCAGAAUGCGGUAAUGAACUUGACCGAGAUGGAGGCCAAGGUCCGAGAAGCCACCAAUGGUGACCCUUGGGGUGCCUCAGCAACAUUGAUGCAAGAGAUUGCUCAGGGUACACACAACUACCAGCAACUCAAUGAAAUAAUGCCACUCAUUUAUAAACGAUUCACCGACAAGACUGCAGAAGAAUGGAGACAGAUUUACAAGGCUCUUCAACUAUUGGAAUUCCUCUGCAAAAAUGGGUCUGAAAGAGUGAUCGACGACGCCCGCUCACACCUGUCCCUCCUGCGGAUGCUUCGACAAUUCCACUACAUCGAUCCCAACGGGAAAGAUCAAGGUCUCAACGUGCGAAACCGGGUCAACGAGCUCGUCAAGCUUCUCAGUGAUGUCGAUGCUAUCAGACAAGAGAGAAAGAAGGCACGCGCCAAUCGGAACAAAUACGGUGGCGUGGAAGGUGGUAGCUCGUUCGGUGGCGGCUUCUCUGGCGGAAGCGGCGGCCGAUACGGAGGGUUCGGCAGUGACAGCGCUGACUAUGGUGGCUACCAAGGGGAAGUUUAUGGCGACGGUGGUGGAUUUGGCGGACGAGAGACCGACUUUUCCGGCACUCAACGUCGUGGAGAUCAAUUCGAGGAGUACGACGAAGGUGAUGACGUCCAGCCUACACGAGCCACCAGAUCGACCACCUCCACGGCACGAGCAACAUCAAGCGUCACGGCCAAAAAGGCAACUCCCAAGCCCAAGGAACCAGAGCAGGACUUGUUUGAUUUUGGCGACGAACCCACUACCAGCACCUCGGCUGGAAAGGCACCAGCCUCGAACAACGAUUUCGGGCUUCUGAAGAGCAGCAACACUGCCGCCAACCAAGACGACGAUGACGACUUUGACGAUUUCCAAUCUGCGACUCCUUCGACCGCUCAGCCGACGAGCAAUCCUUUGGCAGUGCUCUCACCACCACCACCGGCAACGUCGACGACCACACCAAGCACACAGUUUGCCGCUCCCACACCACUGGCUCCCGGAAACAGUGCCAACUUCCACAAUAUUCUCUCCACGGCAUCUCCCGCCCCUUCGAAUUCGUCGUCGAUAUUGUCACCGCUAGGAUCUGGGUUGACGUCACCGGCAGCACAGAAACCGCCGACGCAGGCAUUCGGUGCUGCUCCAGCGUUUAAGCCGUCAGGACCUAACUAUUUUACCUCUGUGCCCAUGACGGCGGGUCAGCCAACUUCGACAUCCACGGCGUCAACUCCUCGAACUGGGGCUACUCCUGCGUGGACAGGGUCGUCGGCUACGACUACCGCGGCAAACUUGGGCAAGCCUGCUCCUAAAGUUGCUGGCAACGCCAGUGGAGGGGGCGAUGCAUUUGCAUCACUCUGGAGCUCUGCAGGAACGGCGGCAGGAGUCAACAAAAGCGCAACAUCUAAUAAAGGACCCGACCUUGCCAGCCUGUCCAAGGCUAAGAGCCAAGCAGGUAUCUGGGGGACAGCGACGGCAGCAAGUGCAGGAAGUAGUCGGCCAGGGGUUACAGCACCAACGCCUAAUACGGCUGCUAAUAACCAGCAGAAACCGGCCGCUUCUCUGGGUAACGGACUGGAUGAUCUUCUUGGUUGAGAGUUGAGUAUUUGACGAGGCUUGAUGAACAAACGGGUUUGCUGGCUGGCCACUCUACGGGUUAAUGACCUUAUUGAGAUAGAUCUGCCGCCAUGGAGUUCACAUUAAUGUGGCCAUUCUCCUUGGCUUGAUUUCGCCGUGAUUGAUCUUCUCUUGAUAAUGCAUGUUGGUAGGUAUUCAAUAGACAGACCUCUGGGCUGCGUGGGUGUGACACUUGUAAUGUUGACUCAACAUGGCUUGAAGAAUUAGGAGCUUGGAGGAGAAGUUAAGCGAUGGCCGGACGUUCCGGGUCCUUGGGGGGUUGAUGUUGAUGCUCUGAGUGCGUGGGACAGGGGACAAGGGGUUCCAUAUCCUCCCUUUGCGCCCACCCCGCAGCUUGCUUACUACUACCUACCUUAAUCCGUUAUGCCUAUAAGCAUUCGUAGUUAGGGGAUAAGAGUACCUGAAUGCCCGGGCGGUCAUUCGGAGUUGAGAGUCCAUCCGAGUCGUCAAUCUUUCU